CGUGAGAAAACGGGAAACCUUGAAUGAAAUAGUCUUGUAGAACGGGUUUUACACUUGACCAACUCACAACUCAAACAUCCUUCAAGCCUUUCAAGCCUUUACAACAAACCUCGUCGUCGCUAGCCUAUCGAAUCUUUUUUGGCGCGACUAAGAAACAAAGGAGUUACCGAUCCACAAAUACUCAAACUUCAGUGCAGACUCGUGGCUGAUCAAACUCGACCUUGCCUUUUUACAUCCUCCAAUAGCGACUAAACCAUCCUACUUUCAGUGCUCAUCAACAUCAAUUUCUGCACAUGUCUCAAUCAGCAAGACCAUCCACUUCUACAUCCACCUCCUCAUCCGCAACUCCCAGUGACGCUUCUUGGAGGGCGGGUCUUCGUCCACCACCAAAAGACUUGCGCCCACAGACAGAAGAUGUCACAAAGACCAAAGGAACCGAAUUUGAAGACAUGUUCCUCCGUCGUGAACUCCUUAUGGGCAUUUUCGAAGCAGGUUUCGAAAGACCUUCACCUAUACAAGAAGAAGCCAUCCCAGUCGCCCUCACCAAACGUGACAUUCUUGCUCGUGCUAAAAACGGGACCGGCAAAACUGCCGCUUUCGUUAUACCCUCCCUACAGCAGAUUGAUGUCGGCAAGAAUAAGAUUCAAGCCCUACUCCUCGUCCCUACUCGUGAACUUGCCCUCCAGACAUCCCAGGUCUGUAAAAUACUGGGAAAACAUAUGGGUAUCCAGGUCAUGGUGACCACAGGUGGCACGACCCUUAAAGAUGAUAUUAUGCGCUUAUCAGAGACGGUCCAUGUACUCGUUGGAACACCGGGACGUAUCCUGGAUCUAGCUGGCAAGAACGUCGCUGAUCUCAGCGAGUGUCCCGUGUUCGUCAUGGACGAGGCAGACAAACUUUUGUCGCCCGAGUUUACUCCUGUCAUGGAGCAAUUGCUCUCUUUCCUUCCUGCGGAUCGUCAGGUCAUGCUUUUCAGCGCAACCUUCCCUAUGAUGGUGAAGGACUUCAAGGACAAACGCAUGAGAACCCCCUACGAGAUAAAUCUUAUGGAGGAGCUCACCUUACGUGGUGUCACGCAGUAUUACGCUUAUGUCGAGGAACGGCAGAAGGUUCACUGUCUGAACACCCUCUUCUCUAAAUUGCAAAUUAAUCAAUCCAUCAUCUUCUGUAACUCUACCAACCGCGUCGAGCUUCUCGCAAAGAAAGUCACCGACCUCGGCUAUUCCUGUUUCUACUCCCACGCCAAGAUGCUUCAGUCACAUCGUAAUCGCGUAUUCCACGACUUCCGCAAUGGGGUCUGCCGGAACCUCGUCUGUUCAGACCUGUUGACCCGAGGAAUCGAUAUCCAGGCGGUCAACGUCGUAAUCAACUUUGACUUUCCCAAGAACUCGGAGACGUACCUCCACCGCAUUGGUCGUUCCGGUCGGUUCGGGCACUUGGGUCUUGCUAUCAAUCUGGUCACCUAUGAGGACCGUUUCAACUUAUAUCGCAUCGAACAGGAGCUGGGCACCGAGAUCCAGCCAAUUCCCCAGACUAUCGACAAGGGCCUUUAUGUCGCGCCCAGCGUCGUUGAGGAUGCCCCGCAGAAGCCCCAGCCUCAGCCACAACCAUCUCAGCAGCAGCGACAACAAACAACUCCUCAGCAAGCUCCAAGCAACGGCCCGGGUCGCCAGAACGGGGGACCGCCUGCACCCCCGCAAGGGCAACAAGCCCAACGAGGAGGUUAUGCUAACCAGGCAGCGCACCGUAACGGCACUCCCGCACGAUGAGCUGUUUCCUUUAUGAGGCGUGUUGGAGGGGGGGAGGAGGAGGAGGAGGAGGCUGCCAUCACCGUUCGAACAUCAUUCUCAUCCAUCAUCGUCAGCCGUCAUCUCGACAUCUCGUAUUCCAGGGGUCGUGUU